AUGGUGACCGGUGCGACGAUCGGCGCUGGAAUGCUCGCACUCCCGACCGUGACCGCUCCGGCGGGGCUGUGUCCGUCCCUCGCGGUCCUCGGCGGCGCCUGGCUCAUGCUCAGCCUGACGGCUCUCGCGAUCGCCGAGGUGAACCUCGCCCUCCGGGAAAAGCGCGCCCAGGACAUCGUGGCAGGACCCUCGACGGACCACAUCGUGUCGAUCUCCGAGAUGGCCGCGGAGACGCUUGGAUCCAGCGGCGCCUUCUGCGUCACGCUCGUCUACUGCGUCCUCGAAAUCACCCUCCUCGUGGCCUAUAUUAACAAGGCAGGCAGCGUCCUGGAGAACGCCACCGGGGCGCCCGCGUGGGCGAGCGCGGCGGCCUUCACCGGCGUCCUCGGCACGCUCGUCGCGGCGGGCGGCACGGAGGCCACCGAGCGCGUCAACCGCCUCAUGACGGCCGCGCUGCUGCUCGCGUUUGGCGGGAUCAUCUUCGAGCUGUCGACGAACGGGAACGCGCACUGGGACGCCGCGCUCUCCGUCGCGGACUGGUCCGCAGCGCCCGCGGCGCUCCCGAUCGUCCUCCUGUCGCUGGUGUACCACGAUCUGAUUCCGGUGCUUGUUGCGUAUCUCGGGGGGGACCGGGGACGGAUCCGAACGUGCUUGGUGGCGGGCUCGCUCAUCCCGCUCGCGAUGUUUGCGUCGUGGGACGCCGUCGCGCUCGCGAGCGUCCCCGGGGCGCCGAGCGGGGCCGUCGUGGACCCGCUGGCGGCGCUGGCGGCGGGGGGCGCGGGCGCGGCGUGGCUCGGGCCGGUCCUGACGAUGUUCUCGCUGCUGGCGAUCGCGACGAGCUUCAGCUGCACCGCGCUCAGCACGGUGGAGUACGUCGCGGCGGAGCUGGCGCGGCUGCUCGCGCGGGGCGCUCGCGACGACGACGGAGGGGCGACACCGCCGCCGCCGCCGGAAAGGAUCCGCCCGUGGGCGUUCCUGCUCGGUCUGGGGCCGCCCUGCCUGAUCGCGGCGUCGCCGAACCCGGACAUCUUCCUGGCAGCGGCGAACGUCGCGGGGGGGGUGUUUGACACAGCACUGUACGGAAUUCUCCCCCCCCUGAUGGCAUACGGGCUGCGGCACUCGCCGGAGACGCCGGACGCGGUCGCGCCGAUGGUGCCGGGGGGCCGGGCGGCGCUGGGGGGUGUUUUUGGGGCGUUUUUGUGCGUCGGGCUGUACCAGGCGAUGGAGUCGGCGUCCGAGGUGGUGCCGGCGGCCGCCGGGCAGGCCGAGGCUGUGCCCAUGCUGGCGGCGGCGGAGGGCACGAGCAGGGUCGCCGAGAUCGGCAGUCAGCUCGUUUCAAUCAUUGGAGGACUGCAGUAA